AUGGCUUCGUCGUCGUCGUCGGCCGUUCGAUCCUUCAGCUGGAGCACGCUCUCUACGGACUUCUACUACCGUCCUCAAGCGGAGAUUACUAAUUUUGGGUCGUAUCGCAUCGUGACUGUUCAUCCCGCAGAAUAUCACGAUCCCAUCCGAUGCAGUCUUUCCGAGGUUCCACUGAGAGAUACCUCUGUCAAGUUUGUAGCGCUGUCAUACUGCUGGAACAGCUCCGCUGCCGAGCAUACCAUCUGGUGCGAUGAAAGGCCCCUGAAAGUCACUGCGAACCUCUUCGCCGCGUUACGAAAUGCUCGUCCGCGGAACUCGGAUGUUCGCCUAUGGAUUGACCAGGUUUGCGUUGAUCAGAGCAACAUCAUAGACCGCAACGAGCAAGUGAGUAAGAUGGGCCAUAUCUACCGUGCUGCGACGGGCGUGAUAGUUUGGCUUGGAGAAGAGACUUCUGGAUCGAAUGCAGCGAUGGAACUGCCCCGAAGGAUCAAACGUUACUGGAGUUCCUUAUUCGAAAACCCAAGCGAGUUGACGGACUCUCGUAAGACGCCGCCCGAAUGUGAGAUUUAUGGGCAGGGCGCAUGGCCUGCUUUCAUCGCCCUCCUCGCGAGACCUUGGUGGAGGAGACUAUGGGUGAUCCAAGAAGUUGUUUGUGCCAGAGAAAUCAUGAUCACUUGCGGCAAAGCGACAGCGCCCUGGGAAGACUUUAUCAAACUCGUCAAAGUUGUCGAUUCUGUGCGACAUCUCAGCGCACAUCAUGCUCUGGGUUCCAAAACGGCAGCUCAGUACAUUGGCUUCAUGCAGGAACUGAGAUCCAUUACAGAGCAAGGCACCAGGCAAGCCGUCAAAGAUUAUGCAAGCGAAGACUCCAUGGUUCCAUACAUUUUACGGAUGGCGAAAGACUGCGAAGCGAGUGAUCAUCGCGAUAAGCUCUUUGCGUUCCAUCAUUUGUGUAGACUAUGGAAUAAGCCCGACUACGCGUUGGAGAUCGAGACCCUUUACAAGCUGUUUGCUGCACAGUACCUCCAACGAAUUGCGUAUGCCAUUACGGAGUUCAGCUGCGAUGAGGUCAAGCUAGCUCGAAGACAGAUGGAGUUCAUCUAUUCUGCGGGACGUCUGUCUCAAUCACUGGAUCUCCCCUCAUGGAUACCGGAUUGGAGCGUAGCUUGGAAGACCCGUCCUCUAUGGCUAAACUCGGACUGCUACGGUGCGGGAGGGUCCGAAAUAAAGGAAGUCUCACCUACAGUCGAGGAUCAGGUCAAGGGAGACACUUUAUUUCUACUGCCUUUGACAGUGAAGAUGUUCGAUCGCGUUUUGGGUGCAGGACCGGAGCCACUAGAGCUGUCGUCGAGCAGUCCACACGCUCUAUCAGAGAGUCUCAGAACUUGGCUGUUUCAGUCCAUGUCACUCUUGCACAUGCAUCGCAGCCGUCCGAGUCGAUAUGCUGACCAAACUGCAGCGGUUGCUCGCGUGGUUACUGUCGAACAGGAUCAAGGCAGAAAAUUGGAUGCUGAUGGGGCGUCCAAAGUGUACGAAGCACUUCUUGAAUUUCUUCGAAUCUCAGACCUGGAAGAGUCCCCGACAUGUGGCCGGUUGAAUCAAGACUACGAGCGCUUCUAUAGCUCGAUUGCGAGCUUCCUGCGAGGCCGGGUCUUUUUCAUCACGGAAAAGGGCUCGUUUGGACUAGCUCAGGCUGGGGUCGCGUGGGGAGAUAGUAUAGUUGUUGUGCAAGGCGCCCCUGUUCCCGUGAUAGUUCGCCCGACCAUUAACAAUGGACCUCUGUCGAGGGAGUACUAUCUGCUCUGCGAAUCAUUCGUGUUGGAUAUAAUGGACGGGGAACUUUGGCGGGACGAAAGUGUUCCAACUGAAGAGAUUCAACUGCUUUGA